CAGUAACACGAGUUAUUGUUUUACUCGUUAAUAUUUCGCGAUAUUUGGCCUGCGCUGUCCGCGUGCAGGGUUAUCAGGGUUAUUGAUUAAGCUGUUCAUUGUUAUUAUUUUAACACGCAUUUAUUCUCAUCUAUUUUUUGGUAAUGUGCGUGUUGGGUAAACAUAGUUUAUGAUGUGGAGUCAAAGUCCGCUCAGUCUGCGGGUUAUAAGCGGUCUGCUGUGAGUCAGCAGGCGAACAAGGAGCCAUUAUUAUCUGACGCACGGAGGCUGUCCGGCUGGUUGGACCUCAGGCGCUGCACCAACUAACCGACUGCUUUGGGUCUCCGGUUAAAAUGCUUAGAACAUCUCUAGUGAACAUCGGACUGCGAGGGAACCUCCAGCAGCAUGCCGGGGUUCAGAGAGGCAAAGCGGGGCUGAAUUCAGGGAAACAUGCGGCCAUGCACCGCUCCGACGCAUCCUCCUCCUCCUCCUCCUCCACCGUGAUGGGUGACAACGUGAAACUCAAAACCAUGGACGAAUUAGGCGGACCAAAUUUCCUGACGACCUUAAACUGGCUUUUUGUAAAAGGGUAUUUCAAAACGACGCAACAACUGCAAAUCGAGCACAGCAAGAUCUACGGCCCUCUGUGGAAGUCAAAGUACGGCCCGCUGGUCGUGGUGAACGUGGCCAGCGCUGAUCUGAUCGAGCAGGUUCUGAGGCAGGAGGGGAGACACCCGGUCCGGACAGACAUGCCCCACUGGAGGAGCUACAGAGAGCUCAGGAACCAGGCCCACGGACCCCUGACAGAAAUGGGGGCCAAGUGGCAGCGCAUCCGCAGCAUCCUGAACCCUCGGAUGUUGAAGCCCAAACACGUCUCCUCCUACGCUAACACCAUCAACGAGGUGGUGACAGACUUCAUCCACAGAGUGAUCUGGCUGAGGGAGACCGGCGGCCGGGGAGUUGUGGUCAACGACCUGACGGGGGAACUCUACAAAUUUGCAUUUGAAGGAAUCUGUUCCGUGUUGUUUGAGGCUCGUAUGGGAUGCAUGAACGAGGUGGUGCCGCCGGAAACCCAAAAGUUCAUCGUCUCCGUGGGGGAAAUGUUCCGGCUCUCCCAAAUCAUCGUCCUCUUCCCCAAGUCCAUGUGGCCCUACAUGCCUUUCUGGAAACAGUUUGUGGCAGCCUGGGAUCACCUCUUCAAAAUCUCUGAAGAGCUGGUGCAGCAAAAAAUGGAGAAGAUCCAGGAGGAGGUGCACCUGAACCAGGAAGUGGAGGGAGCGUACCUCACACAUCUACUGCUCAGCGAGGAGAUGACGGUCACUGAGGUCCUGGGAAGCAUCACAGAGCUCCUGCUGGCCGGAGUCGACACAACCUCCAACACGAUCGCGUGGUCUCUGUACAGCUUGGCGAAGAUGCCAGAGAUCCAAGAACAGUUAUACCAGGAAGUGAUCCGUGUGUGCCCCGGGGACAAGGUGCCAAACAGCGAGGACAUUUCUCACAUGCCGUACCUGAAGGCCAUCAUCAGAGAGACGCUACGCUUGUAUCCUGUGGUGCCAGGAAACGCUCGAGUCUCUGUUGAAACUGAGUUCGUGGUCGGAGAUCAUCUCUUCCCCAAGAACACGCUGUUCCACCUGUGCCACUACGCUGUGUCCUACGAUGAGAACAUUUUCCCCGACCCUCACACCUUCCUGCCGCAGCGCUGGCUCCGGGGAGUCGGGGGGAAGUCCAAGCAGCACCCGUUCGGCUCGGUGCCGUUCGGUUUUGGGAUCCGGGCGUGUCUGGGCAGACGGGUGGCGGAGCUGGAGAUGUAUCUCCUCCUGUCCCGGCUGAUAAAAGAGUUCGAGGUGAAGCCGGAUCCUGCAGGAACCACAGUGCUGCCGAUCACCAGAACGCUGCUCUGCCCGGCUAAACCAAUAAACCUGCAGUUUGUGGACCGACGAGUCGAGCGGGAGCGGCCGAGAGCAGCAGCUUCUCUUUGAGACGUUUUAGUAUUCACACCGUGUCCCCCGCCUGGCAACAAGCACUCGUUUGUGGAGCGUUCACAUGAUGAGGACUCUCUGGAAUGUAAGCUGAAUGCAGAAGUGCUUGGUUGUCAAGAUUACAACGAUGUGUGUAAAGAAUUUUAAUGUUGUUUCAUGUAAAUAUGAAACAUUUUUACAGUCUGUUGAGUCCAAACCUUUCUGUGUGCAGUGCUCCUCAUUGUGUGUACAAACAUCUCCUGCACGACCUUCUUAGGUCAUUUUAUGUUUUCAACUUUCAGACUUCCCCAUUAUGAGACGUGCACAGAAACAAGAUCCCCAAACAAACAGUCUCACACUUUUACUAAUUUUGCAUCCCUUUGCAGUCGUUUUGCAUUUAUUUUUGGACAUUUUGCAUCUCUGUGAUCAUUUUUGCUUUUACUUUAAAUAAUUUUGCAUGUCUUUGUACUUACUUCUGGUCCUUUUCUUUCUAUUUUUAGAUGUUUCACCCGUGUAUGUAGUAGUUUUGUGCCUCUUUGAGGAUGUUUUGUGUCUGUUUUGCAUCUCCUUGUGAUCAUUUUGUGUUUUAGUAAUUGUUUCUUGUACAUAGAGAAAUUUAUUUUUAGGUUUUAAGAGUGUUUAUAAUUGUUUUUUUGUUCUACGAUUAAGAUUCCCAGUAUUUUAUUUGUACAGCAAAAUAUAUCACCUCAUCAUCCAGUGUCUGAAACAUCAGACAACAUCCUGGGUUUGAAUCUUCACCACAUUUCAUCGUCCAUACCAUACCAUAAAUGUGUUUUGUUAUAAGUGUUGUUUACAUUGAGUGAGACUGAAUCUGUGUCCCAGUGUGAUCUAAAUAGUGACUUAAUAAAUAAACGUAUUGUCCCACAAUGCAAUGCACAAAGGAAAUGAAGGCUCUAUACAUCAGGGGUGAUGACACGGAUGAGAAAGACUAUUUUGUUUCUCUUUCUAAUGUUUGAUUUACAUCUGCACACAUGUCAUAUCAUUUCCUUGUAAUAGAAAAAUGGUAAAGUGAGUUAAUUAUGUGUAUAACAACUGCAAAAACAGAGUUCUGUGACAUAAUAAAACAAAGACAUACUUGCUCAGACACUUGUUUUUACAACAUUCUAAGAUAUAUUUUAUGUUGUCUUAAUAAAGCCUAUUUAAAAGUGAACUUUUUCUCUCGUAAGGACUUAGAAAAGGUGUUUCCUGUUCUAGCUUGCUUGUCUAAAAUAACUUUCCAGCGAUCUGAAUGCACAUUCAGCACCAGAGCACUCCUGGACUCAGUAAAUAACCUUAAAUAAAUACACAUUUAUUCAAUACUGUAUGUACGAGCUAAGUCAUUAGUUUGAUUAUUAUUAAUAUUAUUUGUUAUUGUUGUAUUUAUUUUUGUACACACAGAGCGAGAGAGGCAGCAGGAUGAAAACAUGCAGGUUUGCUUUUGAACUGGAAAUGAAAAUACACCUUAAUCACCUUGAAUACAUCCCAACUGAAGAUUUGUUUUUAUUUUUUUAAUAAAAUCCUUUUUGCAAAUAGC